AUGGUGGUGUCCAAUUGGAUGACGUUGAUGUCAGCCCACCUUGACACCGCCCUCGACAGAUCGACCAUCCAUCCCGAACUCCUCCGCUCAAGCUUCAAACAAGCUUACAAUUUAAUCACUAUGGCUGACUCCCUCAAUCCUCCCCUCUCUUACGAGGCAUCUGCCACUACUACUCAUCCACAUGAGGCAACAUGCUUGCCUACCGAGGUUGUCGCCUGCCUGAAGAACUCCCGCUUCCUUCAUCUGGCAACAUGUGACGAUAAACUCACUCCGCAUAUUUCUCUCAUGUCCUACACCUACCUCCCUUCAACCCCGUUCGACCCUUACCCAACCAUCAUCAUGACCACCAACCCCGCAUCCCGAAAGACCAACCAUCUUCUCUCCAACCCUCGUCUAUCCCUCCUGGUCCACGACUGGGUCUCCCACCGUCCGCCAACCCGCGCUCCCAACCCCCAUGGUGAGCGCGAUGGGUCUCCCCCUCCCGCCGCCACCCGCUCAUCAUUGGCAAGCUUGCUUCUCAAUCUGAACACCAGCGCCCUGUCCAGUAUCUCUACCACCAUCACUGGAGAAGCGCGCUUCCUAGAACCUGGCUCGGAGGAAGAGGCUUGGUGCAAGGAGCGUCAUCUGGAGAAUAACACCUUUGAGGAGGAGGAAAUAUCCCUUUUUGGUCAGCAGCAGCGAACGGAUCCGGCCGUGCGCCGUCCCAGUCUGGCCAUUGAUAAUGAUGUGCGGGUCGUUACGGUUCAGGUUCGCGAGGGCCGUAUUGCGGAUUGGAAGGGUGGUGUGCGGGAUUGGAUCCUGCUUCCCCCAGCGGACGAGCACGAGGGUCUUGUCAACGGUGUUUCCUCAUAG